AUGAGUCCUUUACCUUCACAUACGAAUGGCGCUGAGGUGAGGAAGGGGACAUUUCCGCUGAGUAACUCUUCGAGGCAGAAGCCUAGGAAGUUUGUCCUCCUGCGAAUGCUUGUAUGGGCUGAGCUCACGAUGAGAUAGGUGGCCGCUGGUGUUUCGUUUCAUCAAGGGAGCUAUUCACCAUGGUAUUGACCGCCUAUUCCCACCAUCAAAGCCCUGCGAACAGCUAAUCAAGACCUAGUGAUCCUGAUACCCGUCCUCCUUCACACUCUCUUCACCGUAGCUGUCGUGCUCGUCCACCGCCUUCUCGGUGUAGACCUUGCUCUCCCCUCCUCCAUUGUUCCCUCCCUCUCCAUCGUCGUUGGUCUUAUGCUCGUUUUCCGAAAUAGCAGCUCCUACGAGCGUUACUGGGGCGGCCGCACAGCCUUGCAGCAGAUUGUUAACAACGUUCGCAAUCUCGUUCGCUCCUUCCUCGUCUGCGGACCCCUCUCCGACGAGUCGGAUAGGGCCGAGACGGAGAAGACUGUGAAAACCCUCGUUGCGAUGCUCUACGCUGUCAAGAACCACCUGAGGGGGAAUUGGGAAGCACCGGCAUUCCAGCCAGAGUUUGCUAGUCUGAUGCCCGAGGGGUUUAGAGGGCAUGAGGCGGAGGGUGUGGGGUUACCGAUGGAAUUGGCGUUCGUGGUCGAGAGGUAUAUCAAGAGGGGCGUUAAGAAGGGGGCUUUUAAUGCGCCGCAGUCGGCUAAUUUGAGUGCGUCGCUGAAUGCGGUUAUUAUGGCUUAUGGGAAUAUGGAGACUAUUAAGUGAGCGGCUGUUGGUGAGUUAGGUUUUUGGAGUGAGUCACUAAUGGUAGCUGUAGAUUGACUCCCAUACCUGUUUGUCAGCAGUAAGUUGUCCUGGUGGGGGUGAGCGAGCGCAUGUGUCGAUUGACAUCGUUAGGAUCCAUCAAAAGCAGGUGUUGGCCUUAUACUGCUGUAUUCUUCCGUUCUGCCUUUUGGACGAUAUGGGAUGGUAGGGGCCUGGCGCGUGUAAGCCGUUACUUGGGAAGUUUUAUUGACAAUUCUAGGUGGACUAUUCCCGUCAUCACUCUUGUCUGCUUUACUCUCUACGGUAUCGAGGGGUGUGUGAUAUCCUGUGAUCGACUUGGUGAGUUUGGGCUAACAUCAACUAGCAUCGGAGAGGAAUUGGAGGAUCCUUUCGGAUAUGACAAGAAUGAUAUCAGGAUUGAUGCUAUCAUCGAAGACUGCAGACUGGAGGUUAUGGUUCUCCUCGAGAGCUGGAAAAAGGGUGGCGAGGAGUACUACUUGUAGGAGGUUGGAGAUGAUAAUAAUAUUAUGAUGUAAUACCCGGUGUGGCGUUUGUUUUUGGGCGUGCUGCAUUUCGGUUUUUAUGAUACUCAUUCUUAGUGCCCUUGAUCGUUUUAUUUUUCGUUAAACUUUUAAAAUUGAGCAUGGUAGGUGAGUUUUGUAGGAUGGGGCUGGGAUCGAUGGAUCUCGUUGUUAACGUGAUGUCUUAUGUAACUUAGUGGUCUAUCAUAGCAAUGAAACUUGGAUUGCGGUGG